UUCAAAGGGUACUUCAUAGAAUGAAGUAUUUUAAAUUUCUAUAAGUUUUCUUUAUUUUCAAAGUAUUCAAAAGUAGAAAAAGGAAAACACUCAAUACCAAAUAAGCCUAUUGUUUGAAAAUUUAAUAAAAGCAAUAAUGAAUACAAGAAUUGAAGUGUGUCAUGACUGUAAGGAUAAAAUAAAAAAUCUCAUAAAAAGUCCUGGUUAUAAACCUUUGGCAAAUCCAAAAGCAUGUGAAAAAUGUAAAUUAAAAACUGUUGAAAAAUCUUAUCAUGCUAUAUGUAAUCACUGUGCUGUAAAAGAACACAUUUGUGCUAAAUGUAUGGAAAUUAUCAAAGAUGAUGAGUGUAUUCCAUCCCCCAUUGUUACAUCAGAUAAAGAACAUCAGAAAUUUAAGAAAGAAAUCGAUAAAUUAAUAAAGACUUUGCCAGAACGUAAAAGGAACAAAUUUCUACGUUUUAUGCGUAGAGGCAAAAAGGUAAAAACUAAAAUUAUUCUACCAGCAACUAUAAAAGAAUCUGCUUCAGAGAAAAGCUUAGAAAAUUUAUCUGGUCAACAACAAAACGAGCAAAAUGAUUUUAAAGACUAUAAAAGUUCUAUAUCACCGAAAAAAUUAGUUGCCGCAGAGAAUUUAGCAGCAACAAGUGAAAAUAAUUCUGAGCAACAGUUAAAAACUUUUGUUGUCAGACGUGUUCCACAUUCCAAAGAGACAUUAUUGAGAAAAAUCGAAGAAUUAAGAAGAAUUGAAGAAGUCGACGAAACUGAAACUGAUGAAACUGAAAGUGAAUAUGAAUAAUUAAUCCUUUUAGGUUCUUUAUACGUAAUAAAAUUGUGAAAAAUCGAUACGUAAAUGACUACCUAUACAUAUGUACUUAUACAUGGAAGAGCGUACAAAGUCCUUUUAUUUCAAUGAAAGACUGUGUUUAAGUGAGCUAUAAGUAUGACAAUAAUAUUAUAUAAUUUAAAAAUUUUCUAAAAUAGGGAAACUUUAAUUCUAGUUGUCUAUAUUACAUAUAUAUAAUGCAGUUUGUCAAUGUUUUAAUAAAAAUAUUUCCGAUUAAUAUUUAAACUUAUUGUACAACGAAUAAUUUAAAAAAUUUCCAAACAAAUACAUACUUAAAUUUCAUAUUGAGACAAGAAUUAUGUAAUAGUGUUUUUAAAGUUCAAUCAGAAAUAUUUUUGAUCUUUAUGAUUUGUGAAAAUUUGGGGCAAAAAUGUUAUACUGCAGAGAUUUCCUAGCUAAUUAUUACAAUUGAUUUUAAGGUUGUGAUACCAAAUGCGUUGUUCCAUAUUACAUAUUGAAUGUCUAAAAUGUAUAAUAUUUUGUCUAAACGAGUGAUAGUAAAUGAAAAUUAAAACUUUGAAUAUUAUGUACAAAUUACUUUAGCAAAAUGGUAACUGUCGGUUAGUGCAAUUAAUCCACAAUCAAAUUUCAACCGUCUACAUUUGAAAUAAAGAAUAGCAAUUGUUCCUAUAAUUUUAAACUUGCAUUGUAUAAGUUAAAAAAUAGCUUAAGGAAUAUAUUGAAGUAAGAAUGUCAUUCGUGGCUAAAUUUCAAUUUUUCACAUAUAUUGUUUUUGAAAUACUUGUCUCAUUCAUUAUUUUUAAAGUAAAAUUUU